CAGGCAGGCAGUAGUAGUCAAAUACCAAGAAAAUCGAUCGGCCGCUGCUACGAACCCUCAGAGACCCCGUGAAGAAGCAAGAGGCUACCGGGGCAGCCGAACCUGUAGUUUGACAACAUUAUGGUCUGUUUAGAGUUCACGGAUUGACAUCAGGAUUGUCAGGUGUCCAUGAUGCUGCAGCUCCCCUUGGUGGUGACGGCUCAGGUGGACCUGGUCCUGCUGCUGGUCAGCCUGCUCGCCCUCUGGACCAGACUGAGCCACCUCAGCUACCCCAACGCUGUGGUUUUUGAUGAGGUGUAUUACGGCCAGUUUGUGUCUCUCUACAUGAAGAGGGUUUUCUUUGUGGAUGACAGUGGACCACCGCUUGGUCACAUGAUCCUAGCCCUUGGAGCCUACAUGGGAGGAUUUGAUGGGAACUUUGUGUGGAACAGAAUAGGAGCAGAGUAUCCCAGCACUGUUAGUGUUUGGACUCUGCGGUUGCUUCCCGCUCUGUGUGGAGCGCUCUGUGUUCCUAUGGUUUACCUGUUGACACUGGAGCUCAAGUUUUCUCACCUGUCAGCUCUAGGAGCUGCACUGCUGCUUCUGCUGGAGAACUCUCUAAUCGUCCAAUCCCGUUUCAUGUUACUGGAGUCGGUCCUGAUCUUCUUUGUGUUGUUGGCCUUCUUCUCCUACCUGAGAUUCCACAACACAACCGACAGCUGGUUCAGAUAUUUUUGGCUUCUCCUCUCUGGGGCUUCCUGUGCUGCAGCGGUAGGGGUGAAGUACAUGGGUGUGUUCUCUUACCUGCUGCUGCUGGGUGUGGCCUCUGUGCACACAUGGAACCUGAUUGGAGAUCGAACUGUCAGUCAUGUGAGUGUUUGUGUGCAGUGUGUGUGUCGAGUUGUGUGUCUGUUGGUGGUUCCUGUCCUUCUCUAUGUGUUCUGGUUCUACAUCCACCUGAGUCUUCUGCACCGUAGUGGACCACAUGACCAGCUUAUGAGCUCUGCUUUCCAGGCCAGUCUAGAGGGCGGUCUCUCUAGGAUCACUCAGGGUCAGCCUCUAGAGGUCGCUUAUGGUAGUCAGGUAACUUUAAGAAGCUCUGCCUCCCAGCCAAUCCCCUGCUGGCUUCAUUCUCACAAAGCCAACUACCCAAUAAGGUAUGAAAAUGGGCGUGGCAGCUCACACCAGCAGCAAGUUACCUGUUAUCCCUUCAAAGACGUCAACAACUGGUGGAUCAUCAAAGAUCCUGGCAAACAGGAGCUGGUGGUCAGCAGUCCCCCUCGACCUGUUCGUCAUGGUGAUGUCAUCCAGCUAGUUCAUGGGAUGACCUCACGCUUCCUCAACAGUCAUGAUGUAGCAGCUCCCAUGAGCCCUCAUGCACAAGAAGUGUCAGGUUAUAUUGACUUCAACGUUUCUAUGCCGGCACAAAACCUCUGGAGAGUGGAUAUCUCUAACAGGGAGGCGGAGUCAGACUCGUGGAAGACGAUACUGUCUGAGGUUCGACUGGUCCAUGUCAACACCACGGCUGUCCUCCGGCUGAGUGGUGUGUCUCUUUCAGACUGGGGUUUCCGUCAGCUGGAGGUCGUCGCAGAGAAGCUGUUUAAAGCUCACAGCAGCAGUUUGGACUGGACGGUGGAGGAGCAUCGCUAUGGAACCAGUCAGGAGCAGAAGGAGAGGGAGGUGGAGCUUCAUUCCCCCACACAUAUAGACGUGGACAGAAAAAUUUCCUUUUGGGCAAAAUUUUUAGAACUUCAGUGGAAAAUGCUGACGGUGAAACAGGAAGACUCUGAGCACAAAUACAGCUCCUCUCCUGUGGAGUGGGUCACCAUGGAAACCAACAUCGCAUACUGGCUGCAUUCCUCAAACAACGCUCAGAUCCAUCUUAUUGGUAACCCAGUGUCGUGGGGCGUGGCAAACAUAAGCCUGUUGGCCUAUCAGCUACUGGCAGCCAUCUACCUGCUCAGGAGAAGGCGGGGCUUUAAAGACCUGCCCGAUGGUGUGUGGUGUCAGUUUGUGUGUUUGGGAUCUGUAUGUGUUGGUGGUUGGCUAGUGAACUUUGUCCCGUUUCUCCUGAUGGAGAAAACUCUCUUCUUGUAUCACUACCUGCCUGCCCUCAGCUACCUGCACCUGUUGAGUCCUGCCCUGUUGGAGCACACACACACUCACCUACUCAGCAGUGCAACACACCGACGUGCGCUUUAUAUAUGCGUGUCAGCCGUGCUGGUGUCAGUGUUCCUGUCAUAUCGGACCUUCUGCCCUUUGACCUACGGCAGCCCCGAGCUGUCAGCCAACCAGCUGCAAGGGCUGAAGUGGAGAGACUCCUGGGACAUCCUGUACCGCCGCCGGUAGAGAGACACCCUCACAGACAGGGUGUCACAGUGUAUGUUUUCUCAUCAUGAUGAGGCGAACUGAAGUCUUGCCCCCAGAUCACAUACUGGCACUGAGUCCAGAAUCUGAUGCUCUGAAGUUUCUGAAUUGAGUACAUCAGGGGACACAGUCAAGAAAAAGAACCUGAAGGUGCCCUAAGAAGUCUACGAGGUCAAAUGUGAGGAGGAGCUUUAGUCCUGUGACCUUAGAUUGCAGCUGUUUCCCCAAACCAGCUUCUUGACUCUACAGUCUGUUGACAUUGAGAAAAGGAUUCAAUAUAUAUAUAUAUAUUUUUUUUUUUUUAAUGAAGACCAUUUUAUCCCAUGUUGCAUUACUCUCAGUUCAGCUCAGAAAACAAAAAUAGACAGUUAUUGUUUUGGGACAAAGUUGAAGUAAGUUAUAAAACACAUUGUCUGAUAUUAGUAUGAAAGUACCUGCUCAAACAUCACACUGGGAACACUGAUCUGGGGCUUAUUUGUAAUCCUACUGAAACGUUCUGAUAAUGAUAUCCAAGCUGAAUGACAGCUUGAGUUUUAAAUCACAAAAUAAAGCAUACAGUGAACAGUAAAACAAUGUGCUUUUAUAUUGAAUGUGCUUUUAUAUUGAUACUUUGUGAACUCUGAAAGUGUUGUUAAUGUUGUUAAAUGUUUAGAUUACCCUGACACAGAGUACUGGAGCUCUGACACUGUCUUAGAUUAACAAAUUGCUUGUCAAUUCAGAAUUGAUAAUAAACCCAUGACUGAUG